UGUCUAAAAUUAAAUACACAUCACUUUUUAUGUCAUCAAUCAUUUAACUUACUUUUAUUUAAAUUUAACAUCAUUUAUUUUCUGUUUCCCCUCAAAUUCCCUCAACUUCCCCUUAAAAAUAAAUUAAAAAAAUUCUCUCAUUUUCCCUCCCCAAAAUGAUUUUAAAAAAUAAAAAUUUCUUCAAAUUUUUAUUUUUUUAUUUUUAUUUAAAUUUUGAAUGUGCAUUUGCACCUGGUGCCCAUUUAUUUAUUGAAGGGAGUAGCUACGAACAUUGGGGGAGAAGUCGGGAUAGUUAUCAACGAAGGCUGAGCACAGCUUUUUUAAAUAGUAAGCAUUCAAUUUUUGGACUAAAAAACUCUGAGUUAUACCGAUAG